GGGUUCGGUAUUUGCCGUUCUUUAUUUUGAUGCUUAGGGAAGUUUGAAGAAGUGACAAACCUUUGAAUUUGGAAACCUCAAGCUUUUUUCUGCCAAACAAUUUACUACAACAAGAUGUCUGUGGUAGCAGGUUUGAAAGGCGAAGCUUCGCAGCAAGCUCGAUCGCUGUAUCGUCAGUUGUUGAGACAAGGCGGUCAAUUCGCAGCAUACAAUUUCCGAGAGUAUGCGAAACGUAGGACAAGGGACUCAUUCAGAGAACACAAGGACGUUCAAGAUGAGAGGAAGGUCCAGGAGUUGAUGCAGAAAGGAUUGAAGGAGUUACAGAGCUUAAAGAGGCAAACUGUUGUUAGUCAGUUCUUCCAACUGGAUCGAUUAGUAGUCGAAGGGGGAAAAUCGGGAAAGCAAUCCGGGGAGAGAAAUGAUAUAAUGAGACAAAAAGACACAGGAUUGGACUGAUAUAUCCGGGGUGGUUUUGGAACGUGGACCUAAGGAAAUGCUAUGAAAUCAAGACGUUUGGGCCUGGUUAAAUGUAUCACUAUACAUGGAGUUCAAUUGCACUUUGGUGUCUGUCCGGCGAGACAUUCUUACACCAAGUAAUUCAGGAAGCUCGCCCCUCAGCCAACAAAGUAGCACAAAAAGGUGCUUAAGCUGGUACAUAAAUUAUACAAUUGUUCCAUCAAUGCACACUGGUGUCCUAGACGCUUCGGGAUUAUUAGGGAGAGUUUGAAGCAGAAAGGGUACCUCUCUUGGUCUAUGAACGUCAGCUUCCCGGCUUACCAAAGUCGCCGUCAAGAGUACGUUACAUGGCAAGACUCCCUUGUGUCUAACUUUCAAUUUGAGCUUGAGUGUAAAAUAAAACAGUAUCAUCAGCUAUAGAUAAAUCAAAGUUGUGUGCUUUUCAAUGACCA